UGUUAAUCUGACGUCCCUGGGGAUAUUUUUAAAUUAUUCUUUUGUUUUUUGUUUUCGUUUUUUUACAUGGAACAAGUACCCCAAGACAUAGACAUUUUUGUUUAUACCAAGUAAGUGCUGAUGGAAUGACGUAAUAAUUAAAUGACUGGAAUAAGCGGGCUCCGUUUAGGAUUCCCUGUUUAUUUUUCCGACCUUUGACACAUGCCCUACACCGAGGAAAGCUGCACAGCUAAUCUGCUCUAUGGGAACCUGUUUGUGACUCAUUCAGUACCCGUCCUGUCCCUCUGCCAGCCGGACUGCGGGGGCCGCUCCAUUCCCGGAAUCUUCAAAGUUACGCGUCGGGCGCGGACUACAUUUGACAAGGAGAGGCACUACCUCCGCAUCCGUGGGACAUAAAACAUGCGAAAAAUAAGAAGGGGUGUCUCAGUCGACCCCCACAAACUCAAACAGGGAAGUCCUUCUACGUGUUCGGGUUUAAUUUUCUCCGCUGAGCGCACACUCAUCCAGUAUCCGCGAUCAUGACUGUGGAUGCUUACAAGGCUCUCUACAUUGGGAUGGAGGUGGUGAUCGCCUUGUCCUCGGUCAUCGGGAACGUAAUGGUGGUCUGGGCUGUGCGCAUUAACCGGUCUCUGAGAGACACCACGUUUUGUUUCAUCGUCUCCCUGGCCUUGGCUGACAUUGCGGUCGGAGCUCUUGUCAUCCCCCUCGCCAUAACCAUCAGCAUUGAUCUCAAGACACACUUCUACAGCUGUUUGCUGGUCGCCUGCACAGUGCUCGUGCUCACACAAAGUUCAAUCCUGGCGCUGCUGGCCAUCGCCAUCGACCGCUAUCUGAGAGUCAAAAUACCCAUGAGCUACAAGAGGGUGGUGACCCCACGGCGAGCCGGCACAGCGGUUUUAUUGUGUUGGCUGGUGUCCAUCAUAGUGGGCCUCACUCCGAUGCUUGGAUGGAAUAACCUGCAGCAACUUCGUAAAAAUGGCAGCUUGAAAAAUGACACCUUGGUGGUCUGUAAGUUUGAGACCGUCAUCAGUAUGGACUACAUGGUCUACUUCAAUUUCUUUGGCUGGGUGCUGCCCCCUUUGCUACUAAUGCUCGCCAUCUAUGUUGAGAUUUUCUACAUGAUCCACAAGCAGCUCAACAAAAAGGUAACAGCAAGCCACACUGACCCGAGACGCUACUUUGGAAAGGAGCUUAAGCUGGCCAAGUCCCUCGCCCUAGUUCUGUUUCUCUUUGCAGUAAGCUGGCUCCCUCUGCACAUCCUGAACUGCAUCACUCUCUUCUGCCCGGGAUACCAUGAGGUUGGAUUCAUAUACAUCGCCAUCAUCCUCUCUCACGGAAACUCAGCUGUAAACCCCAUCGUUUAUGCUUUCCGCAUCAAGAAAUUCCGCACAGCUUUCCGGAAAAUCUGGAAACAGUACCUGCUCUGUCAGGAUCCAGUUGGUCGUCUUCCUCAAAGAGGAAGCCAGAGAGGUCAGAGUCAUGAGAGGAGGUUGAGGCAGAAUGAUGACGACGACGAUGACGUGUGACCUUUGGUAACUAAUUGGAUUGCUGUGUUACUGUCAAGUGUCAAAACACUUGUUCGCAAAGUGGAAAGGACACCGGUUUUAUUGUCAGGCUCAACAGGUUUACUGGUUGAAAUGGCUUUCAGAGGAUGUCCAAUGUGUGAAUGAUUUCCUCCAAUCACAUGCACCAACAAGGAGAGAGGAUUAAAACUCAGCUCGGGGAUGAGAUCAACACUAUAAAUCAUACUGAUUUCUCCAUUGGCUGACAAAAUACCGAUUGUGUUACAUGGGACAAGCACUCCCUCGCUUUCAAAGCCAAUUUUUUGGACUAACUAAGUGUAUAUUUGGAGCACAUGUGGUACAAUAAUAGUGUCUGCUGUAUUGUUUUCUUUUUUUUAACCUAAUUAAAACUCAUGGCCUUUUUCAUGUGAUUGAUGUCCAAUAUUUGUCCUAGUGUGUGCUACCUUAACAUGCUUUGUUCUGUGGCCUUGAGGACAGAAAAUGUAACAAAGGACUGAAGUAAAUUGUAGCCUAGUGUUAACAGUGACAGUUUGUUAAACAGGAAGUGUACUCAACAAGUUCAGCGGUGUGAGGGUAUAACUGGAACUGUUUGUAACUAAUCAAACUCGUGGACUUUACAAAUGUGUUGACCUGUUCUCAUUUCCAACUUGUCAUGUAUUAAUAAUCAGGACACAUUAUUUAGCAUCAUUGUUCAAUGUACAGCGCAGUCCAAUACAGGUCAAUAGAAGUUCCCUAAGUGAGGAAAUGAGACACUAUGAGACCAUGCGAAAAAGGGCUUCACUGACAUGCAACCGUGGCAACCAAGGAAAAAUGAGAAAAGCUUGUUGCAAAUGGAAGAUGUUUGCCUUUGUCAAUGUGAAAUGAUGUAUUUUAACCCAAACCGGUUUUUCUCCUAAGCCUUACCAAAGUGCUUAAAGAACUCAAGUCUGCACAGUUUUUAUUUGGAUCAUAUUUACUAAAUCUGGCAUUUUUCUGCAAUUUAUUCACGUUUGUAAAGAAAAAAGGCACACUGAUGAUUUAGAGGUCUCAAGAACUCCUGUAUCAAAUAUGAUACACUUGGUGUUACAGGGUUAAUGGGCAGCCAAAUCCAGUAAAAAAACACUUCAUCCUUAUUUUGGUCCAAAAUAAGGUUUAUAAAGCUUCCUCCCCCCCUGCAAGGUUUUGGAAAUGGUUGUGACCUCUCUUGUGUGUCUUUGGUGGCAGUGUUUAGUAUUUAAGAAUGCUCCCAGUUAAUUAUAUUCAGGAGUCUGUGAGUGUCGUGUUUCCUUCAUAUAUGACGUUUAUUUCCUAACAUACAAAUUAAGAGCAACUUAACUGCCCAAAUCUAACGACGCAGUGAAAAUAAAUGCAGUGCCAAAAAACACAAGGGGGAAAAAGUGGCUCCAGAUAGGUUUUUAACUCUUGUCUCAAGGGGUGAGUUUAAAAUUCACUAAUCCACCUGCCUCCUAAUGCAGGCCUUUAUUCUUCCUCACAGUGCAGAUCAGUCAUGGAGUUCUUACUGUAAAGGGGUUACCCUUCGUUUUUGGACUUGACAAAGAGGUUUCUGACCGAGUGCCAGAUUGUGAUAAAUUAGCAGUGAGAAAGGGCUUGAUGUGCUGUUAAUUAUCACAUUUGAAGAUAAGGCUUUUUGCAUUAUUGAGACCGUUUGAAUGAUAGUAGCUUAUCAAUCAAAAAUAAAAACAGCAGCGAAUUUACUUGAUGCUGAUAAUUGUAAAUUGGACAGCUGUAAUUACCACUGAUCCAGCUAUAGUAACCAUAUAACUAUACAUCAAAGCAUCAGUGUGUUUAAAAAAAAAAAUCUAUAUAUCUAUAAAACUGUGAAGGGAUGUUGGAGCAGCGCCAUCUACUAAGCUCCAUCCAAUCUUAUCAUUUAACUCUAUAAUGUACUGCACAUGUAUUACUGGAGUCCUUUCUAAUACUCACAGGUGUUAGGUAUUGGAAACAAAAAGAAAAAAAAACAUCUACUUGUGAAUCUUUGUGAGAAAUAUUUAACAGUAUAGGAUCAUUAAACUGUCUCUGUGAAUUUUUUUUUUUUUUUUUUGUUAGGCUGCUGGGUUAAACCAACCAGCACUGACCUCAAAGUGGGUGACUUUUAUUUUUAACAUAACCAAUACAUGCUGAGAUGGGACUGCUGACACCAAUAUUAUGUAGUAGCAUACGUAACUCUGUGUUUAAAUGUUAACGGGAGAUACUGUCUAAAACAGCAGCUGCAUUAUCUCUGACACGUCCUCUUGCAGCUGUUCAUCAAAUGAGCCAGUUGUGAAAUUCAUCCUCCAAGCUUCUCUGCUGUUGUGCGAGCUGCAAAUCAAAAAUAGAAGUAUGUUGCGGCGUAUGUUGAUUUAUAUACACAAAGCUGCAUAGAUUAGUAUGCAUUAGGAGUUUUUUUGACAAAGGCAGCAGACUUCUUCCCAGAGAGUCAUGUACACACACGUACAGUUUGCUCAUUGUAUUUCCAGCACCACUCAUGUACUAAUGGUUCAUUCUGUUUUUUUACUUUGUGCCCAUGCAAAUUAUUGUUAAAGCCAUUAAGUUUACAAUUUAGUUUAUGUUAAGUGUAUGACAAAGUUAAAUGUAAUUGAAUAGACUCCAUCAAAGGGUCCAUUCAAAAUUUUCACAUCAAAUUUAACUUUGAUGAAAUCGACACAUGCAAUUGCACAACUGACCAACACCACAGCAUUUUUUCAUUGUUCUGUUUUUGUUUGUUAACUAUUAGUAGACUGUGGGAAAGUGAACACAACAGGAGUGAAUGUCAUUUUGCAGUGUGAGUCCACACUGGCUGCUGCUUUCAUGUUUUUCAUUUCUAUACAUAUAAAACUGUCUGUUGUCUUUUAUUGGACCAGUGUGAAGUCUUCAAAAAUCAUUUGUGCAAUAUUCUCUAACGUUCUAUAACAGUAUCAGAAGAAAAUCUGCAGUGUACAUAUUGUACGUGUAGAAACUGUCAUUCAGAAUCAAGAGCUAUAAUAAUGGGCUCGUUUGUCGGUAUCUAAUUACUGUAUAUAGGAAUAUGUGACUCUACAGGUUAACAGGUUGAUGGAGAAGGCAGAAAGCAGAUUGCUUUUGAAUGUGCAAAGUGUUUCAGUGCACUUAGUGUUGUUUGACGUGCUGUUGGAAAAUACACAAAUCAAACACAAGACAAACAAAAUAAAGCUACUGUCACUAUGCUGACUGCAAAGAAUCUAAUGAGAAAUGGUACCAAGAAAUCUGGAUAUUACUAAAAGGAUUUCUUUUGGAUGUAAUAAAACAUUAUCCCUUGUCAUCCAGUCAAAUCAUGUUAAGGCUUAGAUAACAGGCACCACGAGAUGGCAUCAUCUGCUAAAUGUAUGACACACAUAGGUUAGCUCUUAUUUUUUUCAUGUAUUUUAGCUAUGAUUUCACAAGGAGAUUUUUGUUUGCUUGUUUGUUUGUUUAAAAUAAAACUUCUCUUACCUUUA